AGCAGAAACAGCACAGGUAUCACAUCAUGCUUCGCACGUCGACCUUGGCCUUGUUGCGCCGUGCCGCAUCGGCCACUCCGCAACAGCAACAUCACAUGGCAACUAGCCUUGUGUUCCGCGCUGGGACAAAUGCUACUAUGGGCUUCGUCCGCCAUCCUCAGGCUAUGUCACCCAUAUUGAUAGUAAAGAGUCGCAGGUUUGGUACGCAUGGAGACGGUGACGUGAUGCCGAGCGCCAUGAAAGGAGGUUCGGGGGGAGGACAUGGGACGAGCGCUGCCUUGGAAGAUUUGCUAGCUCGUGAACUGCAGGAAGAAAAAGACCUCAUGGAGAGCGAAGAACGGGCACCGGAACUGGAGGACGUGUCCGAAAAGAUUCAUAAGCGCUUUCACAUCAAAGAGUCUCCAGGCAGCAGUAUUAUCAAAAUGCAUACAAAGCACAAUACGGAAAAAAUCAUGGUGCAGUACGAUGUGCAAGACACGACGGAGGAUGAACUCGACCCUCAAGAGCUCGAGGACGAGAAGGCGGAGGAUUACACUGUGGGAAUCCGGGGGGUGGUGACAAUUGCGAAAGCCCACCACAAGUUGAUGUUCUCUGUAGUGUUCACCAACACGGUGUGGGUGGAGAAGGUCGCGCUUGACUCGGACGGCCGGGAGUGGAACGACGAGACCUUGUACUGGUCGGAUUUCUCCGAGUACCCGGAGGAUGUCCAGGAGGCCUUCACGCGGCAUCUGGCGGCGCGGAAUAUUGACGACGAGCUGGCUGUUUUCGUCUCCUACUUCGCUUUCGAGAAGGAGAAGGAGCAUUACCUGACGUUCCUCGAGCGGGCCACAGAGUUUGUCGGAGCCAAGUGAUGGACCUCGCCAUAUCUGUCUUCCUCUUAGCGCGUGCCUGGUUAUCUCACUGGGCCCUUCGAAAUAGUUGUUUGUUUUGCUUACGGACAAUAAGUUUGGAGCAGCCCGGUGGUAGAGCGCGAGUCUUAAGGAAAAGAAACACGGAUGCCAGUUACAUA